AAGCCGAGUGUGGUAAGGCAACGCGAGCUCACCCAUCCUCUCCUCUCCUCUCCUCGCGACAGCGCCGCCCCAAAAACCCUCAAAACCCCGGCGGCGGCGGCGGCGGCGGCGGAGUAGUCGGCGGCGGCGGCGAGAUGGCGACGCGGGUGAAGGACGUGGCGCGGCGGUCGAGCAAGAAGUACGUCGACGAGGCGCUGUACCGGCGGCUGUUCCGCCGGGGCUCCACGCCGCAGGCCGUGCGGGAGGAGGUGGACGGCUUCCUCGACAGCCGGAAGCGCGCCUUCAAGUGGGAGGUCGGCGUCUGCGUCCGCCGCCUCCGGAAGCAGGCCCUCUACCGCCCCGCCCUCAAGCUUUCUGAAGUCAUGGCAAGAAGAGGCAUGAAUCCUACAGUCAGUGACCAGGCAAUCCGCCUUGAUCUCGUUGCCAAAUCAAGAGGCAUUGCUGCUGCUGAGAAGUACUUCCUGGACCUCCCAGAAACUUCCAAAACUCAUCUCACAUAUGGUGCUCUUCUUAACUGUUACUGCAAAGACUUAAUGACUGAGAAGGCUGAAGCCCUUAUGGGAAAAAUGAAGGAACUCAACUUUGCUUUCACUGCCAUGUGCUAUAACAGCUUAAUGACACUAUACACGAAAGUCAACCAACAUGAGAAGGUCCCUAGUGUCAUCCAGGAUAUGAAAGCCGAUGAUGUGUUGCCUGAUAUUUAUACCUAUAAUGUUUGGAUGAGGGCGCUUGCAGCUCGUGUAGACAUAAAAGGGGUUGAGAGGGUGAUUGAAGAGAUGAAACGGGAUGGUCGUGUUACUCCUGAUUGGACAACCUACAGUAACCUGGCUUCUAUAUAUGUUGAUGCUGGACUGUUUGAGAAAGCAGAAGCUGCCCUGAAGGAGCUGGAGAAGUGGAACACUAGCAAUGAUCUUGAAGCAUACCAGUUCCUCAUUACAUUAUAUGCAAGAACACAAAAUUUAGUGGAAGUUCAUCGUGUUUGGCGAUCAUUGAAGCGGAAUCAACCAAGAAGGGCAAACAUGAGUUACCUUAACAUGAUUCAAGCCUUGGCAAAUUUGAAGGAUCUGCCUGGUGCUGAGGCCUGUUUCAAAGAGUGGGAAGCUCAGUACAUCAAUCCACCUAAGACUAACACAAAGGCCCCUGGGACAGCUGAAACGUCAUCUAAUGAAUCUGAUGUCAAGGCAACCAAGGACAAGGGCACAGAUGGGGAAUUGAAGCAUCCUAAAUAUGAUAUCCGGGUUGCAAAUGCCAUGAUCAAAGCAUAUAUUACAGAGGGUAUGUUUGACAAAGCUGUUGCUGUCAAGAAGCGUGCCAAGAUGCGUGGUGGAAGACUUAACGCUAAGACCUGGGAAAUUUUCAUGGAACAUUAUCUCAAGGAAGGGGAUCUCAAGAUGGUUCACUGGUGCGCUGAUCGUGCAAUCAAGAAAGGGCACAGCGCUGGUAGGAUCUGGGUGCCACCACAUGAAGUGACUGAAACCUUGAUGGAUUACUUUGAGAAGAACAAAGAUGUAGAUGGAGCUGAGAAAUUUGUCGAGGUAUUAAAGAAGGUACAGAAGGAUUUGGGCACGGUGGUGUUUGAACCACUGGUUCGCACGUAUGCAGCUGCUGGGAAGAAGCUCCCUGGGAUGAGGCACCGCCUUAAGAUCGAAAAUGUGGAAGUCAGCGAGGAAACCGCCAAGCUGCUUGAUUCUGUCUGUAUUGAUCAAUGAACGUGCCUUAGAUUUGGAUUAUGUAAUAACAUCAGGAUGCAUGCAAAUUGACAUGGUUCUUCUGCAAAACCUGUAAUAGUUGCUGUAAGCUGAAAUUUAGCACUACAUUUACUUUUGUUCCUCGGCUGUUUCGACCCAGUCCCCAGAUGCUGAAUGGUUGGUUUGAAAUCUUCUUUCAGUUCCCAUACCUAUGGACUAAUAUAUGAAGAUGAAUUUUUGAUA